AUGCAACGCGUCUCGAACCCAUACCGACAGAUCACAAGACGCUUUAUAUCACUUGGAGCGGUUUCGUGGGUCUAUCAAAUAGACGACGAGAUUGCGCUCAAUUCCCGCGGCAAAAAAAGCUACUUCGAGAGCCAUCAUAGCCCAUGCCCACACAUUAUACAAAGCUUUUAUCGCAUGGAAGUGGCCAAUUUCCUUCAAUUUCUUCCCCAUGGUUCCCUUCACGAUCGACUUCAAAGUAACCAGACAAGGGAUGGAGACAGGGUCAUUUCGGUCGACCGAUUUGAAGACAGGCGAUUGAGCGAGCGCUGGGCCGCGGAGCUUUGUGCUGCCAAUGCCUGGCUAGAGGCUUUGGGAUUGGCAGACUUUGAUAGUGUUGCCAGCAUUGGACAGAAGUCCUUGGAAGUGCAUCACCAUGGGCACGGCUUCGACCGGAAUCGAAACGGGAGGAUACGGGCUGUAUGGCCCAGAGAUGAGCAAUUCGCUAUUGGUCUAUGGUUUAUUACAUGGUGCGAGGUUCGAGCCGUACGGGGCCCUGAACAAAAUAUUGGGCGGCUGGCGUCGUACGAUCCGUUGGAAAGGCUGGCUUUGAAUUGCUGGAGAGGCUCGUUCGUGUCCAUACACUGCUUAAAGGAGGCCGUGAUGGACGUACCGGGAUCUCAGGAUAUGGCAGAAGCGGCUAAUUGGACGGCAGAAUACGGCUUGGAGAUGAGACAGAAAUUGUGA